AUGAAAGUUCUUGCUACUUUUGUUUGGGCCUUGCUUAGCCAGGGCAUUACUAUUGUGGCCUUGCCCCAGCAUGUCCCAGGGCCCCUCGGUGCCGAUUCUAUCCCGGCAUCGCCUCGACUGGAGCCAAUUAGCCUUGAUCGAUUGCCACUCCCGCCGGGCAUCACCUCCAACAGCGUAGGGGCAUGUAAUACCGAGAUCAACCCGCGAAAGACUGGAUGUAUGCCGGUGAAGAGCGGACGCGAUUUUCAGUCCGGGGGUUUCCUGCCCGAUGGCAAGCACGUCCUUGCCGUCGUGCCGUUUGUUGGCGCGCCGCUCGCCCCCGACCCGGCCUCCGUCUACAGCGGCUCACAGAUCAUCAUUAUCAAGACUGACGGCUCUGCUUUUGCCAAUGGCGAAAAGUGGAAGUGCAUUACCUGUGGCUUGCCGGCCAAGAACGCCGUCGGCCGGAACCCAACCUUCGACUACCCCCAGGCAUUCCAUGACGGCAAUCGCAUCUUGUUUGGGACCAACAUCGCUGAUUGCGGAGACUAUUCACUCGUCAGCGAAAAAUGCACUCCAGAGCGGACGUAUAUCUACCCUAUCCGCUGGAACACCAGACCUGAUGGCUCUGGCGCUGGGGGGAGCAUCCGGGAGCUUCGACUCCACCCAGAUAAUGUUCAUCUGGGGUUCAGCUCCUUCACCGUCGGAGCCAAGCUGGGCCAGCUCGCAUACUUCUCGCGCUUGCAGUUCAACCCAGCCCCCACGACCGGCCUGCCACUCGCUCCGCGGUAUGAUCUGAUCAACGUCUACACCCUAUACCGAAGCGACCUUCCCACACCGCUUUCGACCCGAGGGUCCCAAUUAUACAUCAACGAGAGUGCCAUCUCUGUUGGUGAGCUUCGAGGAUUCAGCGGUCGAGGAGACGAGAUUGUCUACGUUGGCUAUCCUGUCGAAUCCUCCAACCUGGACGCGUUCGCUGUCAGUCUGCAAACCGGCUGCGUUCGCCGCAUCACCACCCACCCAGAGUAUAUCGACCCUAUAGACCAGUCCCCUGACGGUAAGUGGUGGGCUAUAAUGGAUACUCGCGGCACCAACCGGCAGAUGUUCCUCUCUGGCAUGCGUAACGUCCCUCCCGUCACCGACCAGGUCAGCACGGCUGUGACCUCCGCCACCCGGAACAAUGGACAGCGACGCUUCUUCGUACCGUACCUACUCGACAACUAUGGCGACCGCGGCAACUACUAUGGUCAGAAGAUCAAUGGCCCCGGAUUCAGCGCGCCAGGCAGUGGCGAUUUCCGUGAUCCCGAAUGGAACGGGCAGGCCGACCCGCGGUGGUCUCCUGACUCGACGCGACUCAUCUACUGGGAGGCCCACGUCGAGUCUCCGGCCUGUGGUGGCGCAAACCCGCUGCCUUGUUACCCAUCCAAAGAGCCCGACGGCAAGGACAUUCGCAUCGUCCUUGCUAGCUUCACCAGUCGAAAGCCCUCAAAGUUCGUCCCGGUUGCCCCGGUUCCCGACAACGUUCCUUGGGCCAAGCUUUACAUCCCCGGAGGAAGCACCCAGGAACGCGAGGGACUUCCGCCCGGCCAAUUUAUCCUCAAAGCCAAGGUGACUGGCUACGCCAAGGUCCAGGUCGGCCGGACCGGAAACGCGACGGACUCGAACCAGAUCGCAGUCACCUACAACAACUACUCGGACGACGGCAUGACGUUCCUCAAUGGAUGGGAGAACGUUACCAGCACGGCACAGAGCCUGACCCUUAACCGCGUUGACUGGUACUCGGAUCUGGUGCAGACGGGCCGCGGCAUCUACAAUACUAAGAAGACGAGUGCAGACGGCUUCCACCUUGAGAUUGAUGUGUUGGCCAACUUAUUCGAUGCGAAUGGCACGCUGACUACAACCAUCAAUGGAAAGGCAUACAAACAGCCUCGUAACAAUGCCUGA